AUGGAUACAACGGGCCCGGGCCCGAUCCCGAGACUCUCCUUCCUCACCGACGACUCCGCCUCCGCGCUGCCUGCAACCAUGAGCCUCUCGACCUCCGUCUACAACGUGUUCUUCAAGCGCAACAGCGUCUUCGCGUCCACGGUCUUUGCCGGCGCGUUCUUCUUCGGCGUGGGCUUCGACUCGCUUGUGCAGUCGACUUAUGACAAGUGGAAUGCAGGGAAGCAGUGGAAGGACAUCCGUCACAAAUACGUUGAGGAGGAGUAG